GUGAUGACGUAGACCACACCGCAUGGAGCCGGGCGAGGUAGCAUGCGGAGUUGAUUACUGUAAUCAUUUUAAUACGUCAUAUCGUUCUUCUGAUCAUUUGACAUAAGGAUUGACUACAACAUGUAUUAGUGUCCUGGAGGUUAUAUCUCUUCACCACUGAGAGCCACAAUGCAUCCUGAUCUAUCUCCCCACCUUCAUACAGACAAGUGUAAUGAGAUCAUCAAGGCAUACCAUCAAUGUCACAAGGAUUUUCCAUUUAAGAAAUUCCUUGGACAUUGUAAUGAUUUGGACACAGCAAUGAACAAAUGUUUAAAGGAAGAGAGACUCCAGAGAAGGAAACUCAACCAGCAGAAGGCAAAAAAAGUCAGGGAAAAACUGGAAAACUUUAAAGCAGAAGAUUAUGAUGUGUGAAACAAAACUGUUUUUUUCCAGAAGAUGAUUAUUUAUUAUCAGUCAGUGGGAGAAAGGUGAAAUACUUGUGAUUGUGUGAACAAAGAGAGUAUCAGUGAUUCAGAAAAAUGGUUUUGUGAUGAACGUUACAUUCUUGAGUGAGGAUAUCUGAGUGACAUAUUCUUUGUGGAGAAAUUUUAUUCUUUUGGAUCACCUUCAGAACCUUAAGUGAUGUUUUUUUCGUAACAUGACAUUGGCAGAUUUGGAUAAAUCAUAAAAAGGGAAGACAAACAACUCUGAAUGACAUGUUUGGGUUGUGUGGUAAUAAUCAUUGGUGUAUAUAUAAUUAUUUUUAUGUAAAAUGUAAAAAAAAAGAACUGAUAAAAAACUGGAACUUGACUUCUUUAAUCAUUGAGUGUUCAGAACUACAUUUAGUGUGUACACACACACAUAGAUGUUCCCAGAUUUGUCCAGCUCUAACAGAAGUGUAGACAAUUUCUUAGACACCCUGUAUAAUGUUAUAUGUAUAAUAUAUUUUUGACAUAGAAUAAUAGACCAAGUCCUAGAUCUGUGGCAUUGUAUUGAAGUUGUGGAAUGUGUUUCUUGUUUUUUCAUCAAUUUUUUAUAUGAGCUCUGUAGAUUAAAAAGGAAUGUCAAAUAAAAAUUGUGACU